AUGGAUCUCUCAACAAUCCAGGAGGCGAGAAUAUCAAACAUUCUCAGAACAACAUGCAAGCUUAUGGAAAGGCUCUUUCAGAUGUAUAAAUGUGGAAGGAUAAGCAGAGAAGAAUACAUGCAAAAGCUUGAAAAGCUUAAGGAGGUGAUAAAAUUGAACAUCGACGAAAUAGAAAAAAACGCAAAAACAAUAGUGGCCAGAAAAGAGCCGGUGAACGUUCUCAAUGUGUUCAUUAUGGAGCAUUUUGAGCAUAUGGGAUACUUCGAUACUGCAGAGCUGAUGGCUAGGAAAUUCUCCAUUGGAGGUUAUUCUGAUUCAGACUUUUACAAGCGGAUUUAUGAGAUCAGGAACCAGGUGGAGACUGGAUCUUUUGAAGAUGCUCUAGCAUUUUGCAGAGAGCACAGGAUGGAGCUUAGGAGCAUAAAAUGGGAAGAGGCGAUUUCCCUUGAAAACGACCUGAAAGUUGAAAAGUUUAUAGAGAUGUGUCAUGCACAAGAAUUCGAUAAGGCUCUAGAGUUCAUCAAUAAAGAGUUUAAAAGAGUUCCAGAACAGAUAAAGUCGUACUUACCUGUUCUUGUAUCGAACUCAAACUUCAGAAAAUAUCCGUUUUCAAGGCAUACCAAAACUGCAGAGCAAUUUCUAAGAUGUGCACUGAAAUUGUUUAGAAGAGGACCUAAGUCUAGGCUUAUGCAACGAAUAGAAUAUGGAAUGAUGGCAUACAAAACAUAUCGAUGCAUCGAUACCGAAAAUGACAAUUGCCCAGCAUGCUGCAAGGCAUUCCGACUAAGAGAGGAUGUACCGUUCAACAAACACGAGAUAAGCAUCUUACUGUGCCGGGGAAGCGGAGAAGAAAUGGACGACUCCAAUCAGCCCUACGUGUUCGAAAAUGGAUUCAUCUACGGGGCUAAGUACAUCGAGUCUUCGGAGCAUAUCUGCAUCAACUCCAAGGCUGCAGAUAAUUCCUUAAGGUAUCCAAGACUGUGCUUUAUUCUGUAA